UAAUAACCUACAAUACAACACGCGUUCUCUUGCUAUAUUCGAAUUACGUCGCAAGAUUUAUUAGUGAUUUAUUAAAUAAAAUUAGUAACAAUGGUGCGUCGACAAAACAAUCAACUACCAGACAACCUCCCACAACUACAGAAUUUAAUCAAGCGUGACCCCCAGUCCUAUCAUGAAGAAUUCACUCAACAAUUACAACAUUUCAACAACACAGUGGAAGUCUUCGAACUCAACCCAGAACAACAAAAUAAAUCCCUUGAUGAGCUUGCUAUGUUCAUGGCACAGGUAGCACAGUGUUACCCAACGGAACUACAAGAUUUCCCACAAAAACUUAUAAAUUUAUUAGAAAAACACAACACUGUCUUGGAAAACAGCAUGAGGAUGACUUUCUGCCGAGCAUUAAUCCUCCUCAGAAACAAAAACCUCCUUGCCCCCACAGAUCUUCUAGAAUUAUUCUUCAAACUCCUGAGAUGUCAGGACAAAGCCCUCAGGAGUUUCCUAGAGCAACACAUUGUCACAGACAUCAAAAACCUGAAUUCCAAACAUAAAAAUGUGAAACUCAACACAACUCUUCAAAAUUUCAUGUUUACCAUGCUCAAGGACACAAAUUCAAGAGCAGCCAAGAUGUCGCUUGAUAUUAUGAUUGAUCUCUACAAGAAGAACGUCUGGAACGACGCAAAAACAGUCAAUGUCAUUGCCACAGCUUGUUUUUCAAAAAUCAUCAAAGUACAAGUCGCUGCAUUGAAAUUCUUCCUUGGAAAGGACCCAGACGAGAAGGAUUCCGACGAUGAUGACUCCGAUAAAGAAAUAGACCCCCGCGAAGUGAUGAUGGCGAAUAAAGUCAACAAAAAAACCCGCAAACGCGAGAAACAACUCGUGAAAGUCAAGAAAGGAGUGAAAAAACAACAGAAAAAGAAAUCCAACGCAGUUAGCUUCAAUUUCUCCGCAUUACAACUCGUGCAUGAUCCACAGGGAAUGGCAGAGAAAUUAUUUAAACAAUUAGAAACAUCCACGAAAAGAUUCGAAGUGAAAUUAAUGACUUUGGAUGUUAUUUCCAGAUUGAUCGGCUUGCAUGAUUUAUUCCUGUUUAAUUUCUAUCCGUAUUUGCAAAGAUUUUUCCAACCACAUCAACAGGAAGUCACGAGGAUAUUACAGUUCACUGCGCAGGCGUGUCACGAGUUGGUUCCACCCGAUGUGAUUGAACCCGUGCUGAAAACAAUCGCGAAUAAUUUCGUCACUGAGAGAAACUCCAGUGAUGUUAUGGCGAUUGGUUUGAAUGCUAUCAAGGAGAUAUCAUCAAGGACUCCGUUGGCUAUGAGUGAAGACUUAGCGCAGGAUUUAGCCAUGUAUAAAACUUACAAGGAUAGGUCGGUUAUGAUGGCGGCCAGGUCGCUGAUUCAAUUGUUUAGACAUGUAAGGCCUGAAUUAUUACAUAAAAGAGAUAGAGGUAGGCCUAAUGAAGCAGCUGAAGAGUUAGAGAAGUUGGAAUAUGGUCAGGUUAAUGCUAAAGACUUUAUUUCGGGUGCGGAGGUGUUAAUGAAGGAAACACACGAUGAAAUUGAGAUUGAUUCGGAUUCUGCGUCGGAUGAUGAAGAAUGGGUUGAUAUUAAACAUUCUUCUGAUGAAGAAGAUGAUCAGGAAGAUAAUUCAGAUGAAGAAAUUGAUGAUGAUGAAGAUAUAGAUGAGGAAAGUGAUGAAGAAGGUGAAGAAGUUGAUUCUUCGCCUAAGAAACCGAAGUUAAAAGGUAAAGAACGCAAGGUUUUAUCGAAAAAGAUAAAAACCGAGCAGGCACAACAGGUUUCCAUUGGUAGAUUAUUAACUGAUGAAGAUUUCAAGAGGAUUGAUAUAGCUAAUGCUAAGAAACAAGUAACAACUGCUUCUAAAGGUAUAAAACGUAAGCUGGAAGAAGAAAACGCUAAGAAAGAUCCGAGUGGGUUGGUAAAACUCGGUGAUAUUGAGAAUAUCUACAAGAAACGUAAACAUGAUAAGCAAGCGCGUAUUGAAGCAGUGCGUGCGGGUCAAACCGAUCGCGAAAAGUUUGGUUAUAAAGAUGGCCGUCAGAAUGAGCAUUGUUCGAAGACAAAUCGUGAAAAGAGGAAGACUAAAGCUUAUCAGAUGAUUAGGCAUAAAGCUAAGGGUAAAGUAAAGCGCAGUUUUAAGGAUAAACAAAUUGCGCUGAGGAAUCACUUGACAAAGUUGAAGAAAAUGCGUUAAUUUUACAUAAAAUAAUAAUUAAAAAAAUUAUGUAAGUCGAAAUGAAUUGAAUUGUAUUGUAUUGAGGAAUAAAGUGGAUUUAUAGUAUAA